AGAGCGGUACUGUUUGUGCUGAUAGAUAGUAUAAAUGCUUUGAGGGAUCUGUUGAACUAGGCGAGGAUAGCCUGAAAUUAAGGCGUCAGUGUGGUGAAAUAAUAUAAUGUGGGGACUGUUAUCGUGACCAAAGGAUGGAGAGGCGAGGUAAGUGUGCUGUUAGCGGACAUUCUUUCAAAAAGAAGAUAGUAAGGCUACACUGUUGGACUGCUAACCGUUAGCUACAGACAGUCACUGAGAGAUCUCUGAAAGCUGAACCCUGUCCUGUCUGUAUUCACAAAUAUGGACAGAGAGGAGCUUUAAUUAUCUCAAAAAGUACAGAAUUAUGCUAGCACAAACAGGUAAAAAGAACCAUUUUCAUUGCUCGGUAAAGCAAAAUGAACAACAACCAUUAUUAGCCAUUAAAUACGAUUAAUACCAAACUCAAUACAGUUUAGACAGUAUCAACCAACUGAAGAUAAGGACUCCAAAGGUCACUGUCAGGCAACCAAGCCGGAUAAUAUACAUCCUUAAAAGAUAUCGUAUAUAUAUAUGUAUAGGACGAGUCAUAACUUGAAUUAGAAAACGCAAAAAGGGGAAAAUAGUCUGCACAGUUACAGUAAACGCUAUACUCAGUCUUUUUAGGCUCUAAGAUUAAGAGUAUACUUAGUAAAAAUACAAGUAUAAACUCCAAAUCCUUCCAGUUUGGUUGGAUUUGUAGCACCUUGUUUAAUGGUAAAAAUUCCUAUGAUCGUUAAGACAACAAAUUAGAAAUGAAUCAAGUUUAGGUGCAGGUUGGAAUGAAAAAACAAACGAUUUUACCAGCCAUCUGUGAAGGUAAAUCCAAAUUGAUCAUAAUAUUGUGGGUCUUUCCUUUACAUUAACUUUAAAGGAUCUUUUAAAAUUUUGGAUCAAAGUAUUAUUGCAGUUCAUUAAUCUCGUCUCUUUGUGAGGGAGGUUGGCCAGAUUUGCUGUUCAUCUAUUCUACAUUUCUAUCAUUUAGAAGUGGCCAGCUUACCAAGUGGUUUAUGGUGUUAUUUAUGAUCAGCAAUCUACCUCAGAAACCACAGAUGUUUUUGCCUGGAUAUUUCAGUUGAAAUCUGUACUGGAUGUUGUCUGACUACAGCGUGGCAAAAGGUUAAAUCUUGAGUAUAUCUGACCUCACUUCUGAACUCUGAAAUAUCAAUAACCUCUGAGCAAAACAUCUCACUGCUGCUGCUGCCACCAGCACUGCUUCAUCAUCGGGGUCUACUUCUGCAUUAGCAAAUGCUGCUAUGUAGCUUUGUGGUGUAUAAAAAAAGAAAAAAAAAACAUUAAGGACUGUAAACUAAUAAAGGCUAUUUCCACCAAGUCACAGAGAGCACAGGCUGUUGGCCUUUGCAUGGUUGCAAGAUAAAGUCUGUGUCAUGCUUCCUGAGGUUGAGGUUUGUUUUCUGAGAAUCUUUCCUCAUCAGCUCACAUGAUGGUCUCGUGUUUGUCUCGUCAUUUGUGCAUACGAAUUUCCCUCAGUUAACAAAUCACAAAGCUUUUUCCCAGAUGAUGAUCUUGUUGAAAGUGAAAGCCUUGACUUCAGCAGAGUGAAUACACAGCUUAUGAGAUGAAAAGGCAUGUUUCAUGUUACCAUAUUGGUAAUCUUUGGCCUUUUCUGCAGGCCAUUUUUUUUCUUUGGGGGAAAAAUCAUUUUAAUGGAUGUCUGGAAUUUCAGUGUUUGUUGAAACUGUUUAUUUAGGUAAUGUAUUUAAUAAAUUGAUGCCCAAAAUCUUGUAAAAUUCAACUCUAUCAGACAAAGACAGUCUGACUGCUACCGUGAAUAUUUAUUGUUACUUGUAUUGUCUUUAAACAGAUGAUUUAAAACGGUGUGUGACACUCAGAAACACUGUGAACUCCGGACGUUUUGCUGCAGAACUGAAACUUAGCUACGAGUUGCUUUUAGUAGAGAUCUGCAAUGAUGGAGCAAAGCAACAUGUGAUGUAGCAAAUAACUCAAUGAGACAUGCUGUCCAUGUUUGGCAAAGUACAACACAACAUGACGCCAGGUUUACUAGACGCAGGACACAAAUAAUACAUGUGUUAAGAAACAGUAUUUCUUGCCAUUAGCAUUUUUUAAACCUACUGUUACUUAAUGUUUUUUCAAUGGAGAGAAUGCAAUAAAGUGACCUCCAGGAUAGUCAUCUGGAGGUUAAAAUAUGAUAAGACAUUCUUUUACUGGAGACAAUAUAAGAACCAUGCAUCUAAUUGAGGAAAGUCCAAUGAGAUGCCCCCUGGUGAAGAAAGUGUAAGCAUUUUCUAAGAUGUGUGUCUAUUAAAGAAAUUAUAAUAACGAUAAGGAAGCCCUAACAAACAUGCAUCUGUACUUUUUAAUCUACAUCUUCCACGUAUAAGCAAGUAAUUUACAUUUACAUUUCUUUUUGCAUGAAAAAUGCUAUAUAAAUAAAGUUUGAUUUGAUUUGAAUUUAUUUGAGAGACACCAAUGCAGAUUUUUCUGUGAAGUAACAUUGAAUUUUUCCUCAAGAUCCCAAAAUAUUUUUCUGAUCUUUUUUAUGAUAGAAUAACUCUUGUUUUCUGACUAUAGAUUAAUUUAAGUUAUUCAAUUAAUUUAUCAUAGGUGAGAGAAAUGAAGAGAUUGUACUGAUUCAACUUUGCAAAGGCACGGUUAGAAAAUAUAUAUAUAUUUAGUAGAGAAAAUACCUUACAUUUGAUCAUUUUCUGCUUUUCUGCUGGAGAAAACAUAAUAAAGUGACUCACUGCAUCUUCAAAGCAGGAACAUUGUGAAAAAGUAAAAAAAUAUGACAAUAGCCAUACUUUUUUUUGAGCUGGUGCCCUUUUUCUCUUCCUGCCCCUGGCCCUCAGAUAGCCUGAAUCCACUCCUGUUGUUGCUCAAAGUGCCCAGUCAGUGGUCGUUGCAACAGUUUAUGCAGCAAGCCCAUUAAAGCUGCUUUCUCAAUACAUAAAUAUGCUAAGUAGAAAUGGAUAUAAUCUUAAGUUAAUUCGUCGUUAGAAAUGGCUGCGGGGGCCAUGUCCCACUUUCCCCCCAGGAGCCGGUCCAACAGGUAAAGUAGCUUCAUCAGGUAUCAGACGCUCGAGGCACCGCGCGCAGCUAAAAAAGGGAAGAGCAGCAGCAGAAUAAGAGAGAGGGAUUCACCGACGGUGGAAGUGAAAUGUGUUGUCAAUUUAGGAAACUACUUAUCUGAAACUGACGGUGCCGGGUUCACGGUAAGCCCAGUCUUCCACUCAGUUGUGUUUUAACCAGGAAGGAGUUGGUUUUGCUCUGAUAUUUUCCUGGUCUUUAGAAGCGGAAGCGAACAUCUGCUUAAACAAACACUUUACUGCUUAUUCUUAUCGUCUCGGUUAUUUUAACGUUUUAAUAGAGGCUGGACAGUAAGUUUAUUGGAAAAGACGAUUGCUUUAGUGGACAAUUCACCCUCGUUUGUAGCCUGUUAAAGUUAAUGUUUUUGUAGGUGAUCAGCUUUACGUCGUGCUCAGGUGUGUUCAUUGGUAAACUAUCACACUUUAUGGUCACCCUUAAAUCUCCCUCGAUCUCACAUACUUUCACGAAGUUUUGUUGUUGUGAUCUCCCCAUCCACGUGUUCCUGGAAGCAGAAACUGAACCGAACCAUUCUUAAAGAUGUUUUGGAUAUAUGUAGCUUUUUAUGGUAACGAAUGAUGCCUUUGUGCAGCUUAGUUUAGGAACUUCAUCAGGAGAUUUUAACAGCAGUUUUUAGGACCUGGCAUGAAUUCAUCAAAACUGAUCAUUUAAAAAGAUGAUUUAAACCAUGAAACCAGAAUGUGAAACUUGACCACAGUACAUUCCUUGGGUGUGUAUGUUGUUAAUAUUGACUUUGAGGGUGUCUGUUGUGCUAAUGGGCUCAUGCAUAGGUUGUAACUGAGGACUUGUGUUCUGCUCUAUAGGUAGUGUUGCGGAUCCGCAGAGCGGACUCCCCUCACCUAGUCCCAGAGACCCCUUGCUCAGUCCUGAGUCACACAUGGUAAGAACCUCUACAGUCAGUUCUGCUUUACAGUGAAAGGAUUUAUGUUUGAAAGAACAAGCAUGAAAAAGCUUCCUCUGGUUAAUAACAGAUAGACAUGGUUGUCGUGAUUGUGUUUCACUUUGUAAGAUUUUACAACUUACAGUGACACCUGUCAGCUGUUAUAGAGCAACUCAGACACAUGCCUUGCUGUAUUUACAGAGUGCGUUUGUUUUUCUGCAACAUUUAGCUCAAAGAUGCUGUCACCUGUGGCUCAUACUUAGACUGAUAAUCUAAUACUAAACUUAUGAUAGUGAUAUUUUCCUCCUGUUUUAACUUGAAUGGACUGUCUAAACUCUUUGCCCCAACAGGAUGUUCAGGGGUAUAAGUGGGUGCGAUGGCGUGUGUGGCUGUGUCGCCUGGCUGCCCUGCUGUCCUUGGGUCUCCUCCUGAUUGUGUUUCACUGGCGCCCGCGGCUUGCUGUCCUUGCCCGCUGCUGCUCCUGUCCUCUAGCUUUGGCAGAUGUUCUGCUACUAAAAGUGAGGAUAACGUUUAUUCCUGCUCAGACCAUCUGAAAACAACCAAACAGCUGGCAUAAUUACCUGAACUGUUAAUUUUCGUUCCCCUGUUUGUUACUUUGGUUCCACAUUAUUUUUCACUACUUGCAAACAGACAGGGUAGGGUUUAAGCAUCACUCUUGCAAAUUAUGAAGGCUGAAACUGGUCUACUCAUUGGGUUUAUGGUUCAUUACCAUAAAAAAUCAUUACCAUAACUAGAGUACACUCACUGAAAAGCCACAGAUUGAGUAUCUUUGAGAGCAGCAGCAUAUCAUCAAUAUUUGGACACUCAGACUCUUCAUCUACAUUGGUCACAUCUGUUUAGUUUUAAUGAGGGACUGCACAGAUUUGAUAUAAGACAGGCUUUGCUGUAGAUUUACCUAGUCCAUUUGCCAAUUUCGCACAACACUUUCAUGUUAGUGAAUAAGCACAGUGCAACCUAUGGUGUAACUGUUGCACUUCUGAACAUUGCAAUAACAGUAGCUGAAUGAUAUAUUAUUCUCUACACUAGGCUCUUUUGAUGAAAAUAGCUACUGUAUCUUCUUGUAUUUCCCCAUCCUCAGUUGCGUUUUUAUUUCAAUAUUGUAACAUUAUGAAAAUAUUGCAUCAGAAUCAUACUGGCAUUAAACCACAUACCCAGACACACAGCGCUGUUCACCACCAUUUCCAUUCCUAUUCUGCCUCUGUCAAAAACUUGGGGAACAACUGCUUCACCAUCAAGCUGUUUUGCAUUAGAUAUAGCAGGCAAAGAGUAACUGGAGUCUGAAUAUUCUGUCUUGAAAUGGCAGAACCAAUUAUGACUCAAACAAACUGAUGGUAAAAUUAUUGUUUUAUGCCAUUUUAGUCUUGUGGCUCUGAAAAGAGCAAUAUAACCUCUCGAACUAAAUUUUGAAAUGCUUUAACAAAGUCUACUCCAUGGCCUCAACAAAUGCAUUCCUCAAGAAAAAACCUGUUUAGUUGUAAUUUUGAACAGUACAUACAUCCGCUUAAUAACUUAAUAUCCACCUUUUAUUUGAUCUUUUCAAAUCCAUCUAAUUCAGGCUUUGCUUAAUAACUCUUCUUGCAUCAUUGCUGUUUAUCAUAAAAGCCCAUUAAUACACGUUUACUCACUCUGUUCAGCAGUGGAUUACUGUAUUUUCUUAAAACAUUUUCCAUAUUUGCAAACAAGUGCCGCUGAACCUAGUGUGAAUCAAAUACAUUUUAUUCAUACCUUAUACUUGUAAGUUCUUUCUCAUGACAUUUUGAUUUUAAACAACCACGUAGAAAAAGAACAGUGUCCAUGAAAGUGUUUUGUAUCAGGCUCUGAUUGACCUCUAUGGAUUCUUGCUCAAGUCUCAGGGGUUCAGGAGUCACAGAUCUGUUUCUGUUGUUUUUCCCUCAGGACAGUUUUGGCCAGCAGUAUGUGGUGGAGGUCCUCACAGAGGAGGUGGAGGAGGGCAGGUAAGCCUCAUACUUUCCACAUCCACUUAAAGCUUAUACCAAUUCUUUCAACCUGAGAAAAACUGUAACAUAAGAUAACAGAAAAAUUGGAAAACUCUUUUAGUUUGGACAUGCUUGGAGAGCUGGAGGACACUGAGUGGAAAGAUACAGUUCAGCUCUACAAGGAGGAGGUAAAGUAGGAGUAAUUGUGCCUUUUCUGGCAGAAUCUUAUGAUGAGUGACCGUUUUGCUCAUUCUGAAACUCGACCUUUGUUUUGUUGCAGAAAACUCUGCUGCGCUACUAUCAGUUUGAAGGACUGCGCUACAUCUGGUUGGAUAGAAAAGGAGCUUUCUGUCGUGUUAGGUACUGAAUCAGGACAAGCAUGAACAAUCCAGUCAAAAGAGAUAGAAAUAAUGAAAAUAUCUUCUUAUAUGUAAUCUAUAGUAGCUCUUUAGAUCUGUAUAAAUAGGUGCCUUUCACUUUAAAGCUUGUGUUGCACUUAGAAUGGAAGAACGACUCUUUGACUACAAAAUGUCGAUAAUCAGGGUGUUGAGGAUGAAAACUUUUUUCAGAGAGUGAGCUAUUUCCCCAUAUAUGUUAUUUACACACUUGUAGGUUGUAUAUGAUUUCACCUCCCUCUUCUUUUGUAGUGUCCUCAAUGAGGACUGGACCUAUAAGGAUCUGUAUGGUUUCCAAAAGGGCUUGAGUCACCUGGAGCAGAGCUUGAGGUAAAAAACGGGCGCAUGAAUGAAUGACAUUAAACAUUUUAUCAGACUGAGAGGGCACUGGUGAGUUAUUAACGGCAGGAAUCCUUUCAGGAGACGCAUGUAUGGGCCUAACCUCAUUGAUGUGCCUGUGAAGCCUUACACCAGACUUCUGCUUGAGGAGGUGAGAUAAGAAAAACCUUCCCUUUUAUACUGACUUUAGUGAAGAUAAAUGUCAUUAAAACUCUGUGCGUAACAUCAAACUGAACUCACUCCUGAACUUUUCCCUCUCUUCUUCUGCUUUCCAGGUUAUCAACCCGUUCUACGUGUUCCAGUUGUUCAGCAUCACAUUGUGGCUUAUUGAUAAUUAUUUUAUUUAUGCUGCUUGUAUUUUCUUCAUCUCUGGUUUGUCCAUCAGCAUUUCACUUUAUGAGAUACGUAAGGUGAGCCUGUUGAAGAACACCUCAUUGAGUCGUACCAUCACGAGUUGGGUUCAUUACAUUUAUUAACAUUAUACAACUUAACUCCACAGCAAAGUGUCACUCUUCGCAACAUGGCUCGGAUGAUCACAAACGUCACUGUGCGGAGAAAGUCAGGAGGUGAGUUAUUGAAAAUGUUGCUCUUGUUGUGCCACAUUCUAAUAAGAAAUAUUGGAAAGUACCAACAGUUAUGGGAGGAAACAGCCUACAUUAGUACUUUCUGUAGAAGUUCCCAUGAGGAAAUGACAGAGAGGGCAGCAGUGGUUGUUUGACGUAGAGAUAAAGUGAGGAGAGUGGAGGGACCUACACUGUACUGUGAGAAAGCAGAGACAAAGCUAAUGAGAUAAUGAAUUAUUGAUUGAUCAGGCGUAGGUCAGAUUUUCUGAUAAGAACAUCUCCUCAAGUCAACAAUUGAUUAUUUUAACAAUUGUGAAUAUUUUUUUCAGAAAAUAAAAAUAAACAGAGUUUGUCAGUAUCACUAUCUUGACACCUUACAGUAGUUACAGGUAUUAACUGCCUAGGAGAUUAGAUUUUGAUAUAGUUUGAUUUAUGCUGGUAGAAAAACUACAGAUUCUGUUAUCAUAACAACUCGACGGUACAUUGUAAAAAUAAUCUCUGGAAUUACUGUUUGAUGGAAAUUUAGAAUGAUUUUAUGUUCUUGGCCCUCAGUCUAUUAAUCAUUUUUCUCUUAACAGUACCAAAUUAUUACAUUAUGUAAUUUUAAAACGGGCUUAAAUCUAAAAACAGUGGUUUUGAUUUGCUGAUACCACACUCAGGUGUUUGAGAAAGAGUAGUUCCCUCUUUUGAACCACUAGUGUUUCAAUUCCUCCUUUUCUCAGGACAGAAAAUCCAAAGUAGUUUACCUCAUAGUCUAACUCCAUCAGUCGUAUUUUCAAUAUACUCCACAUUCUUGUGUAGGUCCAUAAGAGUGACCUAUUUCACAUGUUUUCCAUAAACCUAGACAGAAAUGUUAAUACAGACCAAUAGUUAGUAAAGUUAGCUAUGGGUCUGUAGUUUUCUUGGUAAUUUUAGCAGCUCUCUAGCUAUCAUUACUUGACACAAUGAAUGUCUGAAAAUAAAAAAAAUAAUCUACCAGGUCUGCGUGAAAUUCCUUCAAAAUGUUUGUGAGCCAAAUACACAAUUUGUUUUAGUGAGCCAUGUGUACUGUAAACAGAGAGGUGGGAGACAAAAAUCCUGAGGGCAGCUUUAAGGUUUUUGUGGCAGUUUUCCCUGGAGCAUAAUCCAACUGAAACAAGUGCUUUCUUUUGACCGCUUAACAGUUACACUCUACAGCUGAAAAAACUCCCCCAGAAUAAACAUCCAUUCUUAACUCAAUGAUGCUCUUGGAAGUUAAUCAGAAAGUUAUGUGCAGUAUAUCGAGUCAUGUAUUGCCUUAAACCCAGAAAUCUCUCCGAAGGCGCUAAACUCUGACUUUUUUGUAUGUAGCUGAGGAGCGUGUGAGCUCAGUGGAGCUGGUCCCUGGUGACUGUCUCAUCAUCCCUCAGGAGGGCCUGAUUCUGCCCUGUGAUGCUGCCCUGCUGGCAGGGGAGUGUUUGGUCAACGAGAGCAUGCUAACGGGUGAGCAACAACAACAUCAUCGAGCAGAACAUAACAGGAUAGAUUUCUCAUUGUUAAAAAUGCAGCUCUAAAAUGAGUGUGCUCCUCUGGACUCAUGAAAUCUUUAAGCUGAGAAAAUUCAGGGUUUCGUUGCCUCAGUUCUAAAUGUAUCGAAGGAUUUAUUUUAAAUCUCUUUAAGAUGGGGUCACUUCACAUCUCACAAUCUUUAAGCAGAUUAGAGUCACGUAUGACUCAUCAAAAGUGAUCUUUUGGUUGACUGCAUACUAACAGCACUAAGUAAGGGGAAUGUUCAGUCAAGACUUACAUUUCUUUCUUCCUUAAAGUAAAGAAAGAGCUUUUUUUUUCAGGCUGCUCUUUUUCAUGUGGCCAUAUUAAAAAAUAGUUCAAUUCUUGUCCACAUUUAAUAGAAAGAAAAGAAUGUUAAUGCCUCACUUAGUUACCUGGACUGCAUGCUCUCUGCUUCCUUAAGGAAUUACGAAUUUCACAACAAAUACUUACAAUAAGGUGACUAAUGUUUAAAUACUGCUUGAGACCAAUCUGAAUAAUUACACUUUGACCACAAUCCCUCAGAACAGUCUGAACUUGUUUCCCUGUCUGAGAUUUCACCGCAGUGUAAAAAUUCAUUUAUUAUCUGCUCAAAAGUGAUUUCAGGGGCCAUCUCUGCUUUUUCAAGAUCAUUCAAGACUUUGAAAACAUUUUUAAGAGUAAAGCUGUUCCCAUGAUCAUAAAAAUUCCUGACCAUAAAAACACAGACUUGUUUUUGUCUCCCUUUUCACUCCAGCUGAGAAGUUGUUGCAGUAGAAGGGUUUUGAUUGUUCUUUAAAACUUGUUCACUGUCAAUAUGUCUGAGACUAUUAUACUUUUGCAAAGAUGUGCAUGUCACAAACAGUUUUAUUGUUACUACAGGCUAACACACUGCUGCAUUAUCACUGCCAAGGUCAUGACAUAAUUAUACUGUCAAGGCAUAUUGAUGCAUUUCAAAGCGUGCCACAGUGCCUGAGAGAUGUGCAUGCAACAAAAUCUGACUGUGAUCACGCCUAAGGUAUUCUGUCAUUACUUGUAGGUUUGUCAUCAAAGUAUAUAAGCUACACUGCAGCCUUGAGGUACUGUAAAUGAUCUAUUAGCAGCCAAAUAUUUGAUAGGAACAUGAUCCAACUGUUUCCACCAAUUUCUACUUUUUUUGUAAUGUAGUUUUUUCAGAGACAAACACUCAACGUUCCAUUUUCUAAUCACAUGUUGGUCUUUGGUGAGAGGUGAAUCCUUUUUUUUUUUUUAUCUGAUGCAGCAUCAGGAUAAGAACGUGUGCAAAUGGCAGUCAUAAAUGAAGUGAUCACAACUUUGUUACAUUCUGUACCUGGAGCUUCUUUUGGAUUACAUGAUAAGGUGUCGACCUGUUUUCAUCUUCCCUGUAUGUAGGUGAAAGUGUCCCUGUUCUAAAGUCCCCUCUGCCGACCGGGGACGGGAGGUACAGCUCAGACACUGACCGCAGACACACCCUCUUCUGUGGGACUCAUCUUAUCCAGGCCAAAGGGGGAGGUCCUGAAGGCGGGGGUGCUGUUGCUGUGGUAACAAGCACAGGUGAGUAACUAUUGUUCUCUUUAUUUCAUGUAUUCAUUAUGUCAGAAGUAGAGGCCACAGAGAUGGUGUUUACUUUUUCACGGGUGUCCUGAGAUGCAUAUGCAGUGUAAACACAGUUUGAAAGAGUUGUGGAUACAAAGAAAAAUAAAAGCCGUCUUUUUUCAUUCGGUCACAAAUCUUGGUACUUUCACCAUAAAUGAGUUUUGAGGUCUGGCUUUAUGGCCUGAACUGUUUAGAAACUGGAGACUUGAGUCUCUGUCUCAAAUCUCAAAAUUCAGGAAAUAAAAGCUUUAUAUUGAAAAAAAGUGGGGGAAAAUGUCAUUAAGCAAAAUGCUUUUAAGAACCUCUUAGAAAAACUUAAAACAAGCUUAACAUUUUUGAGUUUGUUUGUAGCUUAACUCCAUAGACAAACUGAAAAAGCCUUCUUUCAUUAAGUUCUGCUGCAUUUUUUCAUCCUCAGGGUUUUUCACUGCGAAGGGAAACUUGAUCAGCUCCAUUUUAUAUCCUCAGCCGACAAACUUCCGCUUCUACCAAGAUUCUGUCAGGUUCCUGUUCAUUUUGGGCACUGUUGGUAAGAACUUGGGCAGAAAUUAUGCAAACUGCGUUAAUAUACUUUUCAGUAUGUCAAGCCCUCUGAAGGUUUCAUUAAUAACUGAACCUUAUAUAAUAUUUCCUUUUUUUGUCUUCAGCUUUUUUUGGCACCAUUUACAGCUUUGUGGUCCUCUUCAAAUCCUGUGUAAGUGCUGAUAAGUUACAAUAAAGAGUAAAUAACUGACAGAACUGACAGUGACAUACCAGUGAUACAUGAAGUGAUAUCUCUGACUGUUUUUCUUGAUUUCUUUCUAGGCCACCUGGCUGGAGUUAGUGAUCAGAAGCCUGGAUAUUGUGACCAUUGCAGUUCCCCCUGCACUGCCUGCUGCCAUCACCACCGGCACCAUCUACGCCCAGCACAGACUGAAGAUCCGAGGUAUCUUCUGCAUCAGUCCACCUCGAAUCAACAUCUGUGGAAAGAUUUCACUCUUCUGCUUCGACAAGGUGAGGGGGAAUCCAUUCACUGAGGUUUGAUUUGAUGUGAAGGGUUGUGGCCAUGUGGCGUGUCAGAUUUGAGUUUCAUCAGAGUGCUUUUGUUUCUCCAGACAGGUACUCUCACAGAGGAGGGCCUAGAUGUGUGGGGAGUAAUAGAGGCCAGACCAACUGGUUUCUUGGAGCUAGUACCAGAGCCGAGAAACCUGCCACCAGGGCACAUGCUCUCUGGUCUGGCCUGCUGUCACACUGUGACGCUACUCCAAGAUGAGCACCUUGGAGACCCUUUGGAGCUCAAAAUGAUCGAGUCCACUGGCUGGGUAUGACAGUAAAUAUUAUUUUCUUGUAGAGGUACUUGACUGGGAAUGCUCAGUUCUCAGAGCUUUGACCAUCAUUGUGUCCUGAAGACUUUAUUUUGGUACUGGCACUGGCAAAAGUCAAAAAAUAGAAUCAUUUGUGGUUAUGUUAAACGGUCAAACAUAGAUACUGGAUUAAGAAUAGAUUAAGAAUAGAAUAACAUAUUAUUCACAUUAUUUUUCAUAUUACUGCAAAUCUCAGUGAAAACAUGUACAUUGAAACCUGUGUCUUUACUUCGUAUGCAUGUUCUUUCAGACUCUUGAGGAGCCAAAUGGGAAUGGAAAUGUACUGGAUGAGGAGUUUGGGGGACACAAGGUUUUGGCUGUCAUGAGACCUCCUGCUCAACAGCUUCAAGCUCAAGGCACUGUGAGUGUGCUGUGUCCCAGCUAUCAAUCUCAUAUAAUCUGAUUUAUAGAGUUGAUCCUUUUAAUCUCUUUGAUUCUGUUUUAAAGGAACUGAUCCUUCUUUUUGUUUAUCUCCGAGUUAUAAACAAAGAGGAUCAGACUGAACAGCUCCUGACUAAUUGCUCAUGCAUUAUUGUUGUUCCUUUUCCUUUAUCUCUCAGUCUGCCAGUGAGCCGGUGGCCAUUAUCCAAAGGUUUCCCUUCUCCUCAGCUCUGCAGAGGAUGAGUACAGUGGUGGUGGCCCCUGGGGGACGGUCGCCUCUUGCUUUUAUCAAAGGAUCCCCAGAGAUGGUGGCUAGUCUGUGUCGAGCAGAAACUGGUGAGUAACCUUAAAUUUGUAAAAACGGAUAAGUCAACAUUUGAGUAUUUAACAGUAGUUCAACCAUUUGAAGUUAUUUGGACUCGGGGCAUAUUAACACCUAUACCUACAGAUCAGUUAACUGGUAGAUAGAUGAUUAAAUUGUGUGUUUUGUCUAUAAAUGUUUCAUCACAUCAACUCUGAAUGGGAUACUUCAUGCUUACAGUGCCGGGUAAGUUCUCCAGCAAACUGCGCAACUUCUCCAGUGAAGGGCUCAGGGUCCUUGCACUGGGGUAUAAAUCUUUGGCUGAGGACACUGAUCUGAAGACCAUUGAAAGGUGAGAACACAGUCUUUAAUUCAGACUUCUCUGCAGCCACAGAGCUCUGCAUUGUUUUGUUCUACAUCUGAAGUCUGCAGUUGGCUGAGCUGGACUGAAAUGGAUCCUGCAAAGUCCAGCAGAGAGUCUUAAUGCAGCUGUGUGUCUUUCACAGAGGGGAGGUCGAGAAGGAUAUGCAGUUUCUAGGCUUUUUGAUUUUGAAGAACCUGGUGAAACCAGAGAGUCCCGAAGUUAUUAACACCUUGAGACUGGCAAAUAUUCGAAGCAUCAUGGUCACUGGUGAGACGUUUUGUAUGAGUGUUAGCUGUGCAUGAGUCAGACUGUGCACUUCCUCUUUUUCACAUCAAUCUCACAUCAGAUCUUUGUUUUCUCUUGUUGCAUAGGAGACAAUAUUCUAACAGCAGUCAAUGUAGCAAAGUGCUGUGGGAUGGUGGGUUCUGAUGAGAAGGUGAUAUUUGUCAAUGCAAUCCCCCACACCAACCAGUCCAUGCCUAUGCUCAAGUUCACUGUGGAAAACGGAGGGCCGACUAUGAACCACAAUUCAGUCGAGGUCAUCACUCAGGUCAGUCCUACUCAGAGAAAACUCUACAGUCCACGGCUCAUCAGUGUGUCAAAAUAUGUUCCUACACCAAAGAAAAAAAAAAAUUUCAGUUCAGUUUUCAGUUCGAAGUCUAGACGUGGUUCACUUUCAGUACAGUAAAGGAAAUGAAUGCCACUUUUGAUAUUUUGUUUCCUUUAUAAGAAACUUUUCUGAGGUCCAGCAUUGUUAGCACAGUUUUGUAAGCCUGCUCAAUUUUCUUUGUUACAACUUAUUUGAUUGAAAAAAGUUAGUAUAAACAUUAAAUUAGAGUAAUGCAGAUUCUGUAAUUAACACAAAAACGUGGGCAGAUCUUCUGUCUGGCUAGUCGACUUAAGAGGUUUGUUCACACAUAAUGGGUAAGGUAUUUGUACUGUAAGAGUCCCUUUUUCUAUUGUCUGUACUGAUAGCAGGAGCACGCAGGAUAGCAAUACACAGCGGUCUACCUCUCCAUGCGCUAACCUUAACCAGGAAGCCACUCUAUAGCCACAAAUAAUGAUCAGAACAGCACCUAACUUCAUCAGCAGUACAUCAGACAUCUUUUUAGCUUUGCCUGAUUUCUUUAGCAAAGAGACCAAACACAACUCACCCACUCUCCUCCUGCAGCCGCUUGUUUGUAAGAGAGCCCUGACAAGUCAAUCAGUUUCGCAGCUCAAGGAAGAACAUUUAUGAUUAUUACUUCAUGGAAAAGCAAUCAAACCGAGAUGCUAAGGCAGAAGAACUACUGAGUCUGCAGUGCAAAAUGAUUAUUGUGAUGAUUAUUACUUAAAGGAAAUGAUCCAUUACGGUGUAUAUGAUCAUAACUUAAAUUUAGGGUGGAAUAUCCCUUUAAGUUACUCUACUAUGAAAACUUUAUUCAAGAUUUCAGAGGUGCAUCUCAGUUGGGUAAUAUCCCCUGUCCUACCAGUACCUGAUCACUUCAUAUGACUCUACUAUUCUCUUUAUUUGCAUCAUCAGAGUUGGGGAGCAUGUUUUGAUUCUGUGAAACAAAAUUCUUAAUUCAGAUUUUAGGAAUAAAGGUUCAACUUGUACACUCUAUCAAAUAACGCUCCCACUGAUGACAGGCACCAAGGAUUAUAGUGCUGCUAUGCAUGCACACAGCCAUAUGGCACAUUUUAAUAGGGAGCAUUAGUGGAAUCCAGAAGAAUGACACUGUUGAGGCAAGGAAAACAUUAUGCUGUUAGGUGAUGUGUGUGAACAAUCUACUCAGGAGAACUUUAAGGCAGUUAGUCCUAAAAAUUCUGUACAAAAAACAUCUGUAGUCACCAAAGUUGCUUACAAAGAGGCCCAUGGUAUAAUCUUAGCAUGCAUAUAUAAACUGGAUGGCAGGAUUUUUGAUACUGUUGCGUGUUUCUUGAUUGUCACAGGGUCUGUACCAGGCUGGCUCUGGCUAUCACUUGGCUAUUGGAGGCAAGUCCUUUGCAGCACUCUGUGAAUAUUUCCCUGAAUAUCUGCCAAAGGUAAAGUGUGCUCUCUUAUCCUAGCAUAAAUAUGGACCAUGAUAAUGCACUAUGAACACAUGGAUUAUGCAACUAUGGGAGUAGUGAUAAGAGAAAUCAAGGAAGGACAGUGAUAGACACUUAGGUUCUCACUAACUAGCUUUUGACCAACUGUCUUUACUUCCCAGCUGACCUCUUCUUUCUGUUUGACAUGCUGCCUUUGCAGAUUUUGAUGCGGGCCACAGUAUUUGCACGCAUGACCCCUGACCAGAAAACCCAGCUGGUGAAGGAACUGCAGAAACUGAAGUGAGUUCUGGUGCAAAGAAAGGCGAAGAAUAAAAAAACUGAAAAGAAAAAGGAACAGAAAGUUAAAGAAGCAGAGUAGAAAUGAAAUGGGGGGAUACACAUGAUUUAUUAUCAUUAUUAUUGGGACAUGUCAUAUCAUCAUUUCCCUGCAGUCUGCUGUCUUCUGUGAGUUCUGGUAAAGUGGAUUAACAGGGAAACUGUCCAUGCACAAGGAAGAACACUGGAUUAAAAUGAAGAUAAACAAAUCCACCUCUACCAGGAGCUACUCUGAAAAGAGAGGAAAACAUUAAGUGGGGGCAUACCAGGUGUAAAUUUCUCCUCCUCAGUGAUGAAGGUUAUGUCUUUCCAGCUGCUUCUUAAACCAGUUUUAAAAACUACAUCUUGUGGCCAUUUAAGGAAUUGCAGUUUGGAGCCCAUCCACAACCACAGGUGUAUUAUCACAAUUAAAACAUGCAAAUCUGGGACCAAGGACAUAACUUCUGUCAAUAAGUAAAGAUGACUUGAAUUCUUCAAAUAUGUAUUUUAAACAAAUUGAAACUUUCAUAUUCAACGAAUAAGUGAAACUUUUUGAGUGAUGAGGCAAACACAAGCGACCAGCUGGUGCAGUUACUCUCCAAGAGUUUGACAAAGUUGAUCUGGGCGUCUCUGAGGCUAUUAGGAAACGGGUAGGGCAGGCACUGGAGUCAGAGAAAGAAGAGAGAGUUUCCUACAUCCACAUUUCAUGAUAAAUAUGGAAACAAAUAAAAUUCUUUGUAGUGCAAAUAAAGAAACAACUUAUGUGUUAUCACAGCUACCGUGUGGGUAUGUGUGGAGACGGGGCCAACGACUGUGGAGCCCUGAGAGCUGCUGACGUUGGGGUCUCCCUGUCUGAAGCCGAAGCCUCUGUUGCGUCACCUUUCACCUCAAAGACCAAAAACAUCAGCUGUGUGCCGCUGCUUAUCAGGUGAGGAAAAUCUGUCUCUGAAAACCAAUGUCCUGACUAGGGCUGGGUAACAAAACAAUAACGAUAUAUAUUAAAAAUUAAUGUCUUUUCGAUAGCUGGCAUUCUGCCAUGUUUUGGUAGACUAUACGAACAGCCAAUGAAAAGGGGAGUUGCUCCAGAUUUGCUUUUGCGCUGAACCAAUCAUGUGCUGAAUUAGAACCAAGUAGCAAACAACUGUGUAGUAGCAGUUACACGCAACCAACAGCACUGUUGGUAAGAAGAAAAGAAAAUGAGUGCUCCCCCCGGCAGAAAUGCAGAUGAAGACUCAACAAAUGAUGACAUUGUCGACAACACUGGCACAAAAACGUUGGUGGUGUGGAGGUAUUUUGUUUUUUUGAGGUUGGACAUGAAGCAGAGUAGUGUGCACUGCAAAUAGUGUCGAGUACACGUUCUUGCGAAGUCAGGGAAUACCUCAAAUCUUUGUCACCACCUAAAGCAGUGCCACACGCGCAUUGCAAAAGGUUACAAACCCUGAGUGGAGCAAGGAGCCAUUCAGUCAGCUUUCCCUAGCGCAACGCCUUACGACAAAUCGUUGUAGAGACACAAAGACGUCACAGAUGCAGUAGCUUAUUGUAUUGCGAAAGACAUGCUACCAAUAAUCACUGUUUAAUUUCAUUUUUUAUACCGUGAUAUAUAUCAAUAUCGACUGAUAUGAAAAAAAAAAAAAUUGUGAUAAACUUUUUCUCAUAUUGCCCAGCCCUAGUCUCGACUAAUGUUUGUUGCACAGAAUUUAGAAUAAAAUUAAAUAAAUAAUGUUUUAUUUCCUUGUCUGUGAAGAGAGGGCAGGUGCUCCCUGGUGACCUCCUUCAGUCUCUUUAGGUACAUGGCCCUGUACAGCAUCAUUCAGUUCUGCUCCGUCCUCAUCCUCUACACAGUGAGUACCAGACAUAAUACAGUUAAGGUUGGCAGCUUGUUUAAGUGAAAUAACAAGCUUAUCACUCUGAUGCCGAGUGAAAAUCAAGUUCACAACCCUGCUGAGCCCUUCAGCUGUUUAGAUAGGUAUGCAGCAUGUGCAGUUUUAGGAGGUAGCUAUUGUAAAGUAACUACAAACCCCCCUCUGAGGGAAAUCUGACCACUCUGUGUAUGGCAGUGAUGGUCUCUAAAUAAACGCGUGUAUGAUCAGAUGUUAAAUUCAUGACAAAAUAUUUAAAGACACAGUUGCUGAAGAACUCCCACUGAAAAUAUUCCUCAUGAUGUGUGUCCAGGUAAAGACCAGCAUGGCUGACCUGCAGUUCCUCUUCUGUGACAUCUUUGAGGUGACUCUGCUGGCCUUAGUGAUGGGGAAAGGAGGUCCCAGUAAUGAGCUUAGUCCCCGCAGACCCCCAGCCAGUCUGUUGGGUCUGCCUGUCCUGGGCAGCCUUUUAAUCCACAGCUUUGUGAUCGUCCUGGGCCAGCUGGCUGCGCUCUUCAUCACCGUUUCACAAGACUGGUCAGUAGAAGAACACAGGCUUGUAGUCAAAGUUGUUAGCAGUUGAAUUCAUCUCCAACAGUCUGGAUAGUCUACAAAAGUGUCUUUGUUUUGGAAAAGUUUAAGAAAGUUUGUGUUUCUGCAUAGAUCAUACGUGUUGUUGAAUAACUUUAAUAAAUGUUGAAAUGAAACAAAAAAAACAUACACCCCUGUAUUUUGUCUCCAGGUACGUUCCACUGAAUUCCACAGUGUUUGGAACAGAAAAUCUGCCCAACAUGGAGAGCACCAGUGUGUUUGCUUUGUCGGGUUUCCAGUACAUCAUCAUGGCUGUGGUGGUGACCAAGGGCUACCCUCAUAAGAGACCUCUCUACCAUAAUGGUGAGGCAUCAGAAAUCUUGAUCAUCAUGCUAAUUAUCUGAUUAGGACCGGGCCGGUUUCCAGUUUCAUCAUGUGCUGCGUUUCUUUUCAUCAUCUCUCCUCCAGUGCUCUUCCUCUGUUUACUGUUUGUCCUCUUCGGCCUGAUGACAUGGCUGGUCGUCUACCCCGGGGCUUUGGUUUGCAAGACAUUGGACCUGUACGACUUCACCGAUAUGGAUUUCAAACUGCUUCUCGUUGCGGUGGCUGCUCUCAACUUCCUCAUUUCUUUUGUUGCAGAGGUGAGUGACAAAGUAGAAUUUCAAUCUUUUUGGUCCAACUUGAUCUCAAGCCUGCUGUUUCUGUAGAUGCUACACAUAACGCACACACUUUAUGACCCUGUACUGCACCAGGCAUGAAAGCUAUCGACAUGAUCCUUCAAUGUAGCUCAUCAUUUUUACUUUUUUUGUCAUUUGCUCAGUUCACAGUCUUAUUUACUCAGAUUUAGAGGCAGUUCAUGAAUAAGAGGAGAUGUUUCUGAAAGCUUCUAUCAAUUAUUGCAAAAGCAGUAGUGUAUGGUACUUGAAAAUCGUGGAUGCACUACAUUAUGAAUAAACAUGGGGGAGUUUUCUAAGACCAUGUGCAGUGCAGGUUCACAGUGAAGCUCAUGGCUGGCUGAGUAGUGAUAUAGACUAUUAUAUUUAAAUUUUUGGCUGACACUUCAAACAAUUUGAUCCAGGACUGAGUUUUGUGACCAGGUGAACCUCCGAGUCUCCGACAUGCAGUUUCUACAAACAAACAGCAAAAUGAGGCACUGACAUUUUCAUCGUUGAUGUAAACUUGCUGGAAAGCAGAUUUUAAUGUGGUCAAUGACUUGGAUUCUUUGCAAGUAUAGUACACAAAAUCAGCUGUGUCACCCGUUCACAGUCCACUGGAUGACAGCAAGUGCCAAGCUAAUACGACACCUGCAAAGCUGAUGUAGAACCACAGGUUCUUGAUUAUAUUAGAUGUUAUUCCCAACCUACUUGCGAUACACAAACAAUAAUUUUGACAUCUUAAGUUAAGCUAAUCCGUUUUUAGGAAGGUUGGUUAAGUGUAAUGGCUGAUUCACUGUCAGCUGCCUUAUUUUCAGGGGUCUUCUUAUUGCACAUGCUGGCUCACUUACAACAUCGGAAUCUGGCCACGACAUCCUGCCACACCUCCAUUUUUUAAAUGUACAAUUGGAAAUGACUUAAGGCUAGUGUUGUUUUUUUUUGUUUCCAGGUGCUGAUAGACCUGGGUCUACUCAACUGUCUCCGGUUGCUCCGUGGGAAUCGUCAAUCCAAGAAACAGUAUAAACGUCUGAACGCGCUCCUGUCAAACUCUCCAUCAUGGCCGCCUCUUAAUCAGACUCUGUCCCCCACAAAUAGCACAGUCAUCUUCCUGAGCUAGCAGCUGCUUUUUGAACUCUGUCACUGAGCCAAACGAUGCUAUGGAUGUCUGAAUCACUCUGUCAUCCUGACCAACAAUGCAAAGUCAUGUUUACCUGUGUUAAUAAAAAGUAUUUUAUUUAAAGUAAUGAUUGCAAGGUCUUUAUAUUUAGAACCAUGUUAAAGGAAUGUUCCGUUUCUUUACUCACUCACUCUCCUCCAGCAGCCGUUUGUUUGUGGGGGAGCCCUGACGAGUGUAGCAGAUCAUUUCCUUGAAGUAAUAAUCAUUAUAACAAUCAUUUUUGCUCUGCAGAUGCAGUCGUUCUUCUGCCUUAGCGUCUCGGUCCAUGAAGUAAUGAUCAUAAUGUUCUUCCUUGAGCUGCGAAACUUUGCUGCACUUGGUAAUCGACUCGUCAUAGCUAGUGGCUAGUGCUGUGGCUAGGACCCUUUAGGUACUGUUGAUGAAGUUAGGUGCUGUUCUGAGCAUUAUUUGUGGCUAUAGAGUGGCUUUUUGGUUGAGGUUUACACAUGAAGGUGUAGACCGUUGUGUAUUGCUAUCGUGCGGUCUUUGCAUAAGUUGGUAUAACUAGAGAAGC